CCGAGAAAGAGUAGGAGCAGCUGGAUCGUUAACUUCGUGGGUUCAACUCCACGACACGCAGCCGUGGCUUUGACGUGACCGGGACGCGCACUGACACGUUUCGGAGCAGAGCGCGGGUCUGCAGGAGCUGUGCGUGGAUGUACCGGGAUCACUGGGAUUCAUUCCACUUUGUCCUGAAUUAAAUGAGAUUAUAGGACAGUUGUGCAAAAAAUAAACUGACCAUCCAGGAAAAGGCGCUGAAAUUCACUUUUUUGGGGGCAAGAUUUUGGAAUUAAUACCUUGUUUCUACUGAGAAGGUGUCUCCAUCCAAGAUGUUGCUGCUUCGCUCCUCCCUGCUGCUGCUGUGUUUGUUCCAGCUGCAUGCUCCGUCCUCUGCUUUGCCCUUUGAACAGAGAGGCUUCUGGGAUUUUUCUCUGGACAGCAUGGAGAACAUUGGGAAGAUGGCAAUGAUGAACGAUGAGGAAGAAGGUUCAGCCAUGGAACCAACCCCCUCUCCCGGGAUGCCCAUGUGCCCCUUUGGCUGCCACUGCCAGCGGAAGGUCGUUCAGUGCUCCGACCUUGGUUUGACGGAGGUGCCAAGAAACAUUCCCCCAGACACCAGGUUCCUGGACCUACAGAACAACCAAAUCAGUGAGCUGAGAGAGAAUGACUUCAAAGGCCUUACGGACUUAUAUGCUCUGUCUGUGAGGAAUAACAUCAUUUCCAAGGUGCACCCCAGAGCAUUUGUUCCUUUGAAACGGAUGCAGAAGCUCUACUUUUCAAAGAACCUGCUCUCAACUAUUCCAAAAAAUUUGCCAGCAUCUCUGAUAGAAUUGAGGAUCCAUGAGAACCGCAUCAGGAAAGUUGGAGCUGGAAGCUUCUCAGGACUGACCAACAUGAACUGCAUAGAAAUGGGAGCAAACCCCAUCCAGAACAGUGGCUUUGAACCAGGAGCAUUUAAAGGCCUGAGACUGAAUUUUCUGCGCCUAUCUGAGGCAAAACUAACCGGGGUGCCAAAAGAUCUCCCUGACAGUCUCCACGAGCUUCAUCUGGAUCACAACCAGAUCCAGGCGGUGGAAUUGGAGGACCUGAGUCGAUACAAAAAUCUCUACAGACUGGGGCUUGGCUUCAAUAACAUCCGCAACAUAGAGAAUGGCAGCCUGUCCUACCUGCCCAUGCUGAGAGAGCUGCACCUGGAGAACAACCGCCUCACCCGUAUUCCGCAAGGCCUUCCUUCCAUGAAAUAUUUACAAGUGGUGUAUCUUCAUUCCAACAGCAUUAAUCAUGUUGAUGUAGAUGACUUCUGCCCCCGAGGAUUUGGGAUGAAGAGGACAUUCUAUAACGGCAUCAGCUUGUUUGAUAACCCCGUCAACUACUGGGACGUGCAGCCUGCAACUUUCCGCUGCGUCAACGAUCGCUAUGCCAUUCAGUUUGGAAACUACAAGAAGUAGAAAAGGGAGAUACUGGGAGAUGAAAGUGAGGAGAAAGUGCUGAUAAAUAGAAAAGGGAGCAGAUAAAUAAUUUAAAAAAAGAAUUGAAACUUUAGAGAUGGUUUAAAGGGAGUUUAUAUUUGAGAUAUUUUUUUCUUAUUGUUUUUUUGUGAAGAUGAUGAGUCACAAUGAGGACCACAAACUGAAAAAAAGUGAAAACCUAAUAUUUUAACUUGAAGUGAACAGAUAUGAAAGCCUGUGUAGAACUUUAUCUGGGAUUUAGCAAUUUUUAAAAUCAAUAUUUUAAACGUUUUUCAAUCUGAAGCAUGGAGAGGUUUGAGAAGAAAGAUUAUGACCCCUCUUCCCCUCUUUUUCUACUUCAUGAAAACUGUAGACUAACAACUUGUGAGGCCUUUUAUCCGAUUUGUGUCUUAGAACUCAUUUUUUUGGACAGAAAUUGUUCUUCUGCAAACAGUUUGGUUAAGAAUAUGAGCAGAGGAUAAGAAGCAGUCUGGUUUUUGGAAGGUCUUUUGCUCUGGGCUUUGUUGCAACAUCACAGAAAUCAUAGAAUACUCACUUCGGCAUUUUAUCAGUUAAUUCAGAAAAUUACCUUUUUUUUUGUCUCAUUUGGUGCCUAACAUACUUUCUUGUUAAAUUCUUACUGUUUAUUGUCUGCCUUUGCAAAUAUUAGCCACCUGAGCUGUAAUCUGUUGCAUUAAUAAUGUAUUCUCUCCUGGAACACAUCCUCUGUGUUUGGAGAGAAUGAAGGUAUUUCAUUCACACAUGUGCUACACACAGCAGUAGUUUAUUUGCAUUGUUUUGCACAGUUUUUUCUGUUGUUUUUCUGCUUCAGGGGUGCAUUACUGGUUCAGUAAAGGUGGGUGGGUGAGGGAUUUGCGUGUUUACAUACAUAGACAUAAAGAAAACGACUUUGAGUUUUAUUGUGUUGUGCUGUCUCUUUUCUGUAAUCUUGCAUCCUGCUGCUGCAUGUGAAUAAAACAUUUUAGCCUGCUGCAUUCAGCCAGAGA